GCGGUUGUUUUUAUUGCUGGUUUAAUUGAUUCCACAUUAGCUUAGCCUGUGAGCACUCGGAGACAUAUCACUGCCGCGCCGUUCUCUGCUUGAAAAACUUGGCUUUAUUUCAGCUCCGCCGCUCGGAGAAUUCACCGUCAGAGCAGGACACACAGCAAAACCGGCGAAAAGUUAGAAAAAUGACCAAAAAGACACGGAGCGCGUUAAAAGAAGCAUCACAUCAGAUUAUCGCCGGUGGAUCUGCGGGUCUGGUGGAGAUCUGCUUAAUGCACCCCCUGGAUGUGGUGAAGACGAGGUUCCAGAUCCAGAGGGGAGCCAGUGACCCCACCAGCUACAAGAGUUUGGGUGAUUGCUUUCGAACCAUCUUCCAUAAAGAAGGAAUCUUUGGCUUCUACAAGGGAAUCCUGCCUCCAAUUGUGGCAGAGACUCCAAAAAGGGCAGUUAAGUUCUUUACUUUUGAGCAGUAUAAGAAGCUCUUGAAUUUCACCCCUUUGUCUCCUGGUUUGGCGCUGUCUGCAGCAGGGCUUGGUGCCGGUUUGACUGAAGCUGUUGUCGUCAAUCCAUUUGAAGUAGUCAAAGUCAGUCUCCAGGCCAACAGAGAUGCCUUUAAACAGCAACCCUCCUCAUUUGCCCAAGCACGACGGAUUAUUAAAUCAGACGGCUUUGGACUGAGGGGGCUGAAUAAAGGAUUAACAUCAACUUUGGGACGCCAUGGUGUUUUCAACAUGAUCUACUUUGGCUUCUACUUCAAUGUCAAAGAUGCCAUUCCUACCAACCCGGACCCCAUACUAGAGUUCCUCAGAAAGUUCACUAUUGGCUUGGUGUCUGGUACCAUAUCGUCCUGCGUCAACAUCCCCUUCGACGUGGCUAAGAGUCGCAUCCAAGGCCCCCAACCCGUGCCUGGAGAGAUCAAGUAUCGCACCUGUUUCCAGACCAUGGCGCUGGUGUACCGGGAGGAGGGAUACUUUGCACUGUACAAGGGUUUGGUGCCCAAGAUCAUGAGGCUUGGACCAGGUGGGGCGGUGAUGCUGCUGGUAUAUGAAUAUGUUUCCGGUUGGCUGCACAGAAACUGGUAAAAAAAAAAAAAAAUAAUAAAAAUAAACGGAACCCUACAAGAGCCACUUUUGGAUUAUUCCAUGAUGCCAAA